UUUGUCCUCGUACUACAUAAAAGGAAUACAAAUAGAGUAAGUCUUGUCUUGCUGAAAUCCGUGCGACAUACAAAAAUAAACGUGGCAACGCCGCUCCGCACCGUCCUCGCUGCGACUCGCCCCACCAAUGUCAUUAUAAGUUUUGUCGUCAACGAGGUUCGUGCGUCGAGUGUUUUGUAAAGUGUUUUUUACGUGUUUACGGCGAAAUGGGUAGAAACAGGUCCAAAAAUGAAAUUAAAAAGAGGCUGAAACGGAAGCAGAAUCGCCUAAACCAACUUUGGGAGCGUUUAGAGGAUGUAUCAAGCGAUGACGCAUCAUCCUCCGGCAGUGAUGAUUCUUCCAGUGAAGAUAAUCACUCUGGUUCCGAAAGGGGAAGGCGGAGCCCAGUGAAUCUCCCGCUUGAACCCAUCGAUAGCCCGGCGAUAAAUGCAGGCAGUAACAAACCAAACACCUCGGACGCAAUAAUUACCUUAUUAGGUAAACAACCAAACCUUACCCAACAGUUUGGAGAAAACAUUCACGAAGAUAUUGUAAUGCGCUGGAGCGAAUUUCUAAGAAAAGGGGUUGAAAAAGAUGACAAAAAAGCUUUGAUCGACAGUUACCCUAUCGUAGGAAACUGUAAAGAAUUACUCGCACCUAAACUAAACAUGGAAAUUGCAACAUGUUUAAACGAAAGCUUGAACCGACAAGACAUGUACCUUAGUAGGAUACAAGACGAAAUUGGGGUAGCCAUCUCCGCUUUAGGGAAACCUUUAGGCAAUUGCUUCCCUAAUCCAAGCGAACAGUCUAAUGAAUUCUUAAAACCCAGUAUUGAUGCGGCGAAAAUCUUAACUAAUGUCCAUCAUAGCAUAUCUACACACAGGCGCCAUGUUAUUCUACCUCAUCUGAACAGCUCGGUGAGGAAGAUCAUCGAAGACUACCCAAUAGACGAGUUUUUAUUUGGGGACAAGUUUGCGGAGAAACUGAAGUCAUCCAAGGAAAUACAGAAGACGUCCUCAGAUCUUAGAUUACAGAACCCCUCCACCAGUUCAAAAAACUACCAGCGCCCCAAAUACAAGUCCAAAUACAAGAACCAAUGGAACUACAAAGCGAAGGGUCGGAACACCCAAGGGGUCUCAUACAACCAAGCCCGGCUGAAAAAGAAAAGGACCCAAUAUUAAUGGUGAGCAUAAAAAAUGAUCCGCACAUGUGUGUCGGCAAGACUAGAUCUAGAUUACAUUAUUGGGAAAUGCUGACAAGUAACCCUCAAGUUUUAAGUUGGUUAAGGGGAAUUAAAUUUAACUUCAUAUCAUCCCCCCCUACAAGACAUUCCAUUAAAGAACCUAAGUUAACACGGUUAGAACAUGAAAAUUGUAAAAAAUUAAUUGACAGCAUGUUGGAAAUGGGCGCCAUUUCCCGUUGUACAAGUUCAAAAACACAAUAUGUUUCUUCAUAUUUUCUAAGACAGAAAACAAACGGUGAGUACCGUUUCAUACUUAAUUUAAAAUCUUUAAACUGUCACUUAGAAGCCCCCCACUUUAAACUUGAGGAUUAUCGCACUGCCAUUAAAUUAACAUA